AUGAAUUUCGAUGUUUCCAAUCGUUUCAAAGGACAGCCAGAGUUCGAAUCGGGAGCCCUUUGGGAAGACGAGGACACCAGAAGUUUCUAUCAACACUUUCCCGAUCUUAAGUCAAUUAUUCCAUCCAUUCUUUACAAGGAUUGCGUGAAAGAGUUGGACAACAAAUCGGAUCCAAACCAGAAAACAGACGAAACUAAAGCUGAGGGCGAAGAAGAAAAUAAAGAGAUUAAUGAAAACAAAGAAUUGAAUGAAAACAAAGAGGAACUAAACGAAGAGAAUAUUGACAUAAUUGAAGACAAUCUUGAAUUUGAAGAGACGAUUGACGAGAUCGAGGAUCCGAUUAGCGCUCCUGUCGUUGAUAUAGAGGUGGAGGACAGCGACGAAGACUCGAGUAAAGAGGCGGCGACUAAAGUGUCUAAUAAAGUGCUUUUGGACGCGUUUUUCAAUACAAUAGUGAAUUGUGUGAACAGAGAUAUGAUGGAUAAGGCGGCCAUCGAUUUCUGCACAAACCUUAACACUAAAAAUAACCGCAAAAAACUGGUCAGAGCUCUGUUUACGGUUCCGCGAACUCGUCUCGAUUUGUUGCCAUUCUAUUCGCGAUUUGUGGCACAAAUCGAGCCAAUAAUGCCAAACAUUGCCACCGAUUUGGUCGCACUUCUGAAGCAAGACUUUCGAUUCCUGUUCCGCAAAAAGGAUCAAAUAAACAUUGAAAGCAAAGUGAAAAACGUCCGCUUUAUCGGCGAAUUAGUCAAAUUCAAUAUCUUUCCCAAACCAGAAGCUCUUAAUUGCCUUAAAUUAUUAUUACUUGAUUUCCGUCACCAUCACAUCGAAAUGACAUGUAAUUUGUUGGAAACGUGCGGACGAUUUCUCUUUCGCUCUCCUGAAUCGCAUUUGAGAACAAAACUACUUUUGGAUCAAAUGAUGCGAAAGAAAGCUCUCUUACCAUUUGACUCGAGAUAUAUAACAAACAUUGAAAACGCAUACUAUUUCGCAAACCCUCCCGAAUCACAGACUAUCAUUCGCGUGGAAAGGCCUCCAAUGCAUGAAUACAUUCGGAAACUGCUUUACCACGACUUAAACAAAACAAAUGUGGAUAAAAUUCUGCGUCAAAUCCGCAAACUUCGGUGGGAGGACAAGGAGUUGUCGUCGUACGCCAUCCGGUGUCUGACCGCCAUCUGGAACGUCAAGUUCUAUAACGUGCGGUGUGUGGCCAACCUAUUGGCCGGUUUGAACUCAUUCCAGGAGUGGGUCGCACCCCAAGUGAUCGACGGAGCGCUCGAAGACAUUCGCAUUGGUAUGGAAAUGAAUUCUCCGAAAUUCAAUCAGCGAAGAGUAUCGAUGUGUAAAUUCUUGGGCGAACUCUAUAACUAUCGUUUGGUCGACUCGUCGAUUGUCUUCAAAGUGUUGUAUUCAUUCGUGACGUUUGGCGUGUUUUACGAUCACUCCAUUUAUAGUGAUUCAGAUCCGCCCGACAAUCUGGUCAGAAUUCGACUCAUUUGCCAACUCCUGGAAACUUGUGACGUGAUUCUGUUAUUGAGGCCUAAAUUCAAAUUUGCCACAAAUUAUGAGUCGGCGCUGAAAUCUGUGGACGAUUUGCUCAAAGAACUGACUCCUCGAGUGCAGGAAGUGUUGCCCAACUUUAAGCUCAGACUCGAUUCGGAGACAAUGUCUGAAACCGAUGACCAAAAUCCCGGACUUAAUCCUAUUGUCGAAGCGGAAGAAGAAUCAGCUCCUGAGGAGAUGUCACACCAAGAGAGUGACUCUGACGAUGAAUACGAGUUUCCUACUGAACAACACUUGGAAUUCAGACAAAAGACAACCACUGAUGAAGAUAAUAAUGGAAGCGAAAGCGACGGUAUUUAUGAAUCGGAUGAUGGCUUACGAGGAAUGGAAGGCUCGGAAAGCGGACCCAAAACAGUUCACUGUCCAGAAGACGACGAUUUCCUAAAGGAUUUCGACAAAAUGAUGAGCGAGUCGUUGGUCUCCAGGAGUCAGGAAGUGGUCCGAAGUAAUACAGAUAUUGUGAUUCCUGUCAAUAGAAAUGUCACCAAAAAGAGUGUCGCCUUCACUGACUAUAAUGAGCCCAAAGAGGAACCGAUUGAUACUCCGACCAUAAACUUCAUGAUAAUGACCAGAACUAAAGGCAAUAAAUCGGUGCUCAGGACUGUU